GAGUUAAAAGCUAGUUAAGGAUGCUGUUUUGCAGGGUGACGAUGAUGCAAAUCCAAAUGAGUUUGGUUCAAAUGGAGGAAAAAGACCCUAUACCUUAUUUCAGGGGCACUCAGGACCAGUUUAUUCAGCUUCUUUUAGUCCUAUGGGAGAUUUUAUACUUUCCUCUUCAGCCGAUUCAACAAUAUAGUCCUGUAGGACACUAUUUCGCUAGUGCAUCACACGACCGGACAGCAAGGAUAUGGUCUAUGGAAAGAAUACAACCUUUGCGAAUAAUGGCAGGGCAUUUAUCUGAUGUUGAUUGUGUGCAAUGGCAUGCCUAUCUCAUUUCCCUUGUAUUGAAGCAUUUAUCUAUCUCAUUUCAACAUUUCAUGUUUAAGGUGUAA